AAAAGCUGUUAACACCUAUGCAAUACCCAUUUUGACGUACUCCUUUGGAGUCGUUAAAUGGUCAGACACUGAAUUAGAAGCUCUUAAUACCGCAACCAGAACAGCCAGCAAUAAACACAACAUUCACCAUAUCCACUCAGCAGUUCAAAGAUUCACCCUAAAAAGGAAACUAGGAGGCCGCGGAUUCAUAGACAUAAAAAACCUACACUACACCCAAAUAGAUAAUCUCCGUAAAUACUUUCUCACAAAAGCCAAUGACAGUAAACUACACAAAGCAAUAACAACCCUCCCCCACGCCGGAACACCCCUUCAACUGAACAAUAUCCAAUACGACCCAAAACUGAAAAUGCUCAAAGACGAACAGAAAAUAGAAAACUGGAAGAAAAAAGCACUACAUGGCAGGUAUCCACAUCAGUUAGAACAAGAUCACGUCGACCAAUCUGCAUCAUCCACCUGGCUUACAAAAGGUAACAUAUUCGGCGAGACUGAGGGCUUUAUGGUGGCAAUACAGGACCAAGUUAUAAAAACCCGCAACUACUCUAAAUAUAUACUUAAGGAAACAAUUGAAACCGAUAAAUGUAGAUUAUGCAACCAAACCACAGAAAACAUAGACCACAUCACAGGAGGAUGCAGCGUACUGGCCCACAAAGAAUACACCCACCGCCACGACAACGUCGCUAAACAUAUACACCAACUCCUGGCUCUUAAAUACAAACUGCUCGACACACAUACUGCCUACUAUAAAUACAAACCAAGAAAUGUCUUAGAAAACGAAACUGCAAAACUUUACUGGAACCGAGACAUCAUAACCGACCGAACCAUACUAAGCAAUAGACCGGACAUCACGCUUACCCUUAAAGACUCAAAAACUACUUACCUCAUAGAUAUUGCCGUCCCAAACACCCAUAACCUGAAACAGAAACACACAGAAAAAAUCCAAAAAUACCUUCCUCUAGCUGAUGAGAUAAAACAAAUGUGGCACCAAGAUAUCGUGAGAAUUGUUCCCAUUGUUAUCUCGUCUACCGGCGUAGUCCCAAAAACCCUCAGUGCUGCUCUUAAAUUACUUGAAUUCCACAAAAACACGUACAUAUCGCUCCAAAAAUCAAUAGUUAUAGACACGUGCUCAAUAGUACGGCGCUUCUUAAACCCAUCCACGCUUACACUACAAACCUCCUAAGACAUCAAAUGAACCAGGAUACUUGGCAUAAGCCCGUACCUGUUUCAUUACUGCCGACUACGGUCGAGAUCAAAAUUCU